CCCAAGAUGUGCACGUGCUGUUCCACGAGCUGCAACACAACAUGGGGCUCAACCAUGCGGCCAAGGGCUUGGACGAGUACGGAGACUCCAGCGACCCCAUGGGAACCUUCGACAAGGCGGGAAGCCGGCCCCUGUGUCACAACGCGCCGUACUUGUACCGCCUGGGCUGGAGUCGGCCCAUCAAUGAAGUGCCGGGCGUCGGUAACGGCGAGUACGGCAACCUAACCGCCGAGAACUUCACAUCCACCACCAACCACCUUCAGUUGACCAUCCCAGCAGCGGGAACUGCGGAUGAUAGCAUGGUCGUGAUCGACUUGGGUAGCCUAAACAAGGAAGCCGGGGC